GUUGAGGCAUCUUCGAGAUUCUUGACUCUCAACUGAUUGAAAUCCUCAUCCAAUUUCCCCUGAAGUCCGCCAAGCAAUGGAUGCUUGUUUCCAAGCGGUGGCAUGCUCGUAUCUCCGACUCUUCCUUUCCUAUGAAAACAACCAAAUCAACAAACUCCUUAUGACCUCAAACGAAUCCUUUUUCAAAUUCACCGCUUCUCUCUUUCUCGCUUACCUUGAUCCCUCCACGCCAAAUGGUCUAGACCCAGACCAAGCCGCAGUAUUGGCCUCCUGCCAAGAUUUGCUAUUAUGUCGCCGCAAGCUUUCCUUUGAACAUUUUUAUUACAUCUGCAAUCCAUUUGUUGGAAAAUGGAACGAACUCUCUCCUCGUCCUUCUCAUGAUGAAAAUACACGUUUGUGUUUUAUAUGCAAAGGCCGUGGCAGCAAGUUUACCUAUACUGUGAUUCGAUUUUUAUGCUCCGGCGACAGUGUUAUCUCCGCUGAACUUGCAGUUGAGACUUACUCCUCUGGUAUUGAUACCUGGCGUAAGAAGAUGGUGUCCCCUAGGCUUGGAAGAUUUCGAUGGCCUAUACUUAAUUGCAAUGCGAAACUAUGAUGGCAGAAACUGUAUCAAUUCGCUGGGAUCUGAAGAACUAUGAGACGGGUGAGUGGUGCCUGCAACAUCAAUUCAAUUUCUGAGGAUUGAUAUGAGAGAGGCCUGCUUGGUUCAAAGACAAGGAAAACCCAAGAAAGUUGGUUGCGAUCCUGAAAGCGGAGACAUUGUGUAUGAUUGUAGGUGGAAACAAGGGUGUAUCGUGCAACACGAGAAUGCAAAUUCUUGAUGAGACGUAAGAGUUUCUUCAGUACUGGUGGUGAUGCCUUUUCAUAUGGGCUCACCUGGCUGCCUAGUACCCUCCCUACUUUCAAGCUUUAGCAUUGGGUGGGUCCUCAAGCCCAAUUCAAUGGUACCUCUAGCCCAUUAGCCCUAGCCCCUGCUUACUUAGGUUUGGUUGGAGUUGCAGAUAAGAUAAGGCUUGUUUAUUUAUUAUUUUUUUUUAUUCUCAUUUUUUUCAAAAGGCAUAUGGAAGCUUUUUUCCUUGAUUCCAGUUUCCAGAUUUUCUUUAUCAAUCUGUGAUUGUAUUUGCCGCCAGAGUGUGCGCAAGUUUCUAAUUACUAAAAUUCAUACUAUAUCAUUAUUUUAUUUUAAUAACAUAAUAUAAUAUGAUGUAUUAUUUAUUA